CAAAGCCACUUCAUAUUGCUACCAGGACUCGCUGUGAGACAAAGAGAAGGCAGUGCCUUUGUUGAUCAGCUGUGAGUGACAAUGCGGCUAAUCGCUCUUUUGCUGUUGGGGCUCCUGAAGUUCUCGCUGGCUCAGGACCAAGAUCCUUUCCAGUGGCUUUCUUCUCUGAACAGCCGUGGCUAUGCCUCUCUGCAGGCCGACAACACCGGAGGAGAAUGUCCCGAGGAGUGUGACUGUCCUCCAACCUUCCCAGUCGCCAUGUACUGCGACAACCGCAACAUAAAACAAAUGCCUUACAUCCCAUCCCGAAUGAAGUAUGUGUACCUGCAACACAAUCAGAUCACCUCUGUCCGAGAUAAUGCUUUUGGAAAUGCCACCAACCUUGUGUGGCUUAUGUUGCAUGAGAAUCACAUCAACUCAGUGGGCAAGCAAGCGUUUGCUAAACUGGUCAACUUGGAUCGCCUGUACCUGAACAACAACAACCUAACCGAGGUGCCGUCCAACCUGCCUCGCUCACUACGUGACCUUCGUCUCAAUCACAAUCAAAUCUCCAAGUUGCCCCCUAACGCUUUUGAGGGCAUGGAGAAUUUGACCAUACUUUUGCUCCAUAACAACGGUCUCCAGGAUAUCAGCAGUGGCCUGAAGGGUCUGAAGUCGUUAACUCUGCUGGAUGUGAGCAGUAACCAGCUCAAGAAGGUUCCUAAUGGUCUUCCUGAGGUGCUCCACCAGCUCUAUCUAGAGUCCAACUCCAUCGAAGCAGUUCCAGAGAACUUCCUCAGCCAGUUCACCAACCUGCAGUAUGUCCGUAUUUCUCACAAUAAGCUCACGAACAAAGGCAUCCCUCAAAACACUUUUAACAACAGCGGUCUGGUGGAGCUGGAUUUGUCCUUCAACAAGUUGGAGAGCAUUCCUGUUGUUAGUACUAAUCUGCAACAUCUGUAUCUACAGGCCAAUCAGAUCAAAGAGUUUACAUUGGGCAGUUUCUGCAGUGUGGUGGAUGUCAUGAACUUCUCCAAGCUGCAAGUCUUGAGGCUGGAAGGAAAUGAGAUCAGUGCUGGAGACAUGCCCUCUGAAGCUGCCCUGUGCCUUCGUCUGGCUACUGAUAUUGCCGUGUAAU